AUGGCCGCCGCCGCCGCGUCGUCCUCCUCCGAGGGUCCGGUCGCCGUCCGCACCUGCGUCUCCCUCGGCGAGGCAGCGGAGGCUCCAGGCGGCGGCGACCGGGCGGCGGCGGCGGAUUGCGGGGUGUGCGCCAUCUGCCUCGACAGGAUAGCGCUCCAGGAGACGGCCCUCGUCAAGGGCUGCGACCACGCCUACUGUGUAACCUGUAUUUUGAGGUGGGCAUCCUACAAGCAGAACCCCCUGUGCCCACAGUGCAAGCAUCCAUUCGAAUUCCUCAGCGUGCACCGCUCUCUUGACGGCUGCCUACAUGACUACCUGUUUGAGGAGAGCGUUUGCCUUCUCCUGAGGGCCGCUUGGUUUGAACCUCUCAUCGUGGAGGCUCACGAAGAGGCUCUGGAAGAAGAAGAGUUUUUCCACCAGCAAUACCAAUACGAUGACGACGAAGAUGAUCUUGAUGAGGAAUCUUAUUACAUGAGCAGGUCCCCGAGCAUUCGUAUUGGUAACCGGAGAUGGGGUGACAAUGGGUACAUCAGAGGAGGCAGGAAAGAGGCGAGGCCAGUGAAUACUGAUGCGGCUGCUGGUCCAUCCAGGACCCCGAAGAAGAAAGAGAAAGCUGCAUCAUCUUCGGCGUCAGUGUCCGUGUCAGGUUCGGGAUCAGGGUCAGGGUUUGUAUCCAAGGAUGUCGCUGGAAGGCGAGCGAAGCGGGCGCAGAAGCGAGAAGCUGCAGACAGGGCAGCUGCAGAGAAGCACCUGAAGCACUUGCAGAGGCUGGGACUGAGGAAAGCGCCUGAGCCUGAAGUGCCCGCGGAGGUUGGGCCUCAGGUGAAUGAGUGA